GCUGCUGGGAGUGACAGUGGGCACGGGCCCCGGCCCAGUAGCUUUCAGCUUAAUGGGAAAGUCGCCUGUUAGUCACAUCGAGCAUUUCACUCCACUGCUCGUGACCUAUUUGCCUGCCUUUUAUGAGGGAGCCCAGGUGAUGGCAGCCUUGCUCCUUAAAGCUCAACACCAGGAGUUGGUGACCUUCGAGGACGUGGCUGUGUACUUCACCCUGACAGAAUGGGCUGGCCUUUCUCCUUCCCAGAGGGCCCUAUACAGAAGUGUGAUGUUGGAGAAUUAUGAGAAUUUGACUACUGUGGGAUACCCACUUCCCAAACCUGUACUGAUCUCACUUCUGGAGGAAGGACCCUGGGACCUGGAGGCACAGGUUGAACCCAUUGCAGAAGGGACCAGAGACAUCUGUAAAGAUGCUGAGACCAGCAUUGAUAAGGAGUCCACAUCAACACAAGGCAGUUCUGAAGAAAGGGACAUGAUAAUGUCAUGUGGGCUGAAGAAAAGUGUUCCUCAGAGAAUUGACUUCCUAGAAGCAUGUGAGGUGGAGAAGCACCAGGAAAUCCCCACAGUGAAAACUGUUCGAGGAGAGGUUCCAAGAAUCCACUGUGCAAGGAAACCUUUCGUAUGUGAGGAAUGUGGGAAAUACUUCACCUAUUUUUCUUGCUAUGUUAGACACCAGAUAACUCACACGGGAGAGAAACCCUUUGAGUGUAGUAAGUGUGGAAAAGCCUUUAAUGGCAAUUCUUCGUUAAUUCGCCACCAGAAGAUCCACGCUAGAGGGACACCCAGUCAGUGUGAGGAGUGUGGGAGAGCCUACACUUACAGUGCCAAUCUGAUCAGACAUCAGAGGACCCACAGUGGGGACAGACCAUAUAUGUGCAAGGAGUGUGGAAAUAGUUUCUCCCAUAGUUAUGGGUUUUUUACACAUCAGAGGAUCCACAUGGGGGAGAAACCUUAUGAGUGUAACAAGUGUGGAAAAACUUCUGUGGGUAGUUCACCACUAAUUCAGCAUCGGAAGAUCCACACUGGAGAGAAACCCUAUAGGUGUAGUAAGUGUGGCAAAAGCUUUGGAAGGACUGCCCGUCUUAACCAGCACCAGCGUAUUCACACAGGGGAAAAGCCUUAUUCUUGUAAAAUAUGUGGACAAACCUUCACUUUUCGUACACAACUAGUCCGGCACCAGAGGGUGCACAAUGAGGAGAAACCAUUUGGUUGUGUCAAUUGUGGAAAAGCCUUCAGUGCUCGGAAACAAUUAAAAAGGCAUCUAAGACUUCAUGUUCAGGAGUCUUCCAUUGUAUGUGAUGAGUGUGGAAAAGUCUUUACCAAUAAAAUAAGUCUUCUUCAGCAUCAGAGAAUCCACAUUGGAGAAGAAUCUUAUGAGUGUAGCAAGUAUGCAAGAGCCUUUCAGCCUUCUUCCCAGCUAGUUCAUCUUGAGCAUGUCCACUCUGCAGAGAAGCCUAUUCUGGACAUUCGUCAUUUUGGUCUUCCAGAGUUUUUUACCCCUUUUGACUGGUAAUAGUGCUUCAGUAUCCUUUUAGAUUCCAUCUUCCAGUCAGGAGUAGAAUGGGUGACACAGGCCUGGCUCAGUCUCAGAUCCUUUCCUCCAGCCAGUUACUGGUUCAGAUGUCAGUAGGUGACCCAGCGUGGUCCAGUAAAAGUACCCGGACUAGGUAAGAACAAGAGCUUGUAAGAAGAAGUACUCUUUUUCUUCUUUUUAUUUUUUUGCCAUUGGUUUUAAAGCUAGGAAGAGUAGGUUUUCAUGGAGGCUGAGAAUAAAGUCAGCACAGCCAAAGAGAUACCUGGGCAUUGAAGAGCAAUGAAAUGUUGAAGAUACUGUUUGAAUGGCUACAUUAAGCCACAUCUGGAGCUAUAAAUACAUGUGGGUUUUUGAAUUUCAGUAGCCAAUAAAUUUGUUUUUUGCUUAGGCAAGUCUGAGUUAGGUUCUCUUUCCCUGCACCUGCCUUUUGACUUACACGGAACAUUAUCAGUGUAAAAAUUUAAACAUCUUCAGGGAUAACAUUUCUGA